AUUUUCUUUAUGCAUAUGAUUAUUCGGCUAUGCAAGUUUAUGUGGUUAUACCCUAACGCUUAAUGUCAUGGUUCGCGGGACCGAUUUGAGAUUUUUUCUUACAGAUUCUUUUGUUCCGAACAAAAACGCGUCGAAUGAGCUUAAUUUCAUCAAAAUCGACGCAAUAACAAUGGAUUCUCGCAAAAAGUGGCGAUUCACAUUAGAACAGCUAAAGAGCUUAAGGUUGAAAAGAGAGAAAUGGCAGCGUGAUCAAGAGCGUUUGAUAAAAUAUGAAAAAUUAAGGUUAAGAAAGAUUAAUGAGUAUGAAGAAAGAAGAAAACAAGCUGCAUUAAUGAAAAACUCUGAUAAGCAAGAGUCUUUACAGCAAAGCAAGAGCAAUAAUCCACAACGAAGAGGAACUAGUUCCCCUAACUAUGAGCAUUCUAAAGAAUGGAAAACAUCAGUGAUAUUUAACCCAGAAAAUAUAACUAAUAUGAAAAAUCUGAAGAUAACUAUUAAAGCAGACAAUUGUCUUUCAACAAAUUAUCAGACAUCAAAUAACAUCGAAUGUGAUAUUAAAGAUCCAAAUAAUAUAAUUCUUCCGCGAAGACAAGAUGAAGGUGCAUGUCCAAUAUUCAAACGUAUUGAAAUAGAAAAAUCUGAAGAAAUACGGAAAAUCACUUUCUCACAAGAUGAGCAAUUGGAGAAGGAAUUGUCAACAAGUAGGAAGAAUACUUCUACAAGUAGAAGUCUUAAUGAUGAUAUAAUUCACCACUAUUGUUAUUCUAGCUCAAAACUAUGCUACAAGUCAACUAUGUGUCGCAAAGAUCGAAUAGAUGAUAAUAAAAGGUAUCGCGACAGAAGGUUACAUAAUUCAACAAGGGAAAGCAAAGAGAAAGAUAGAGAUAGAAAUGAAAGAAGAAAUAGAAGUUCAUUACAUUAUAGUAAUCAUAGUGCAUCUUUCACUAGAGAUCGGUCGAGAUCUCAUUACAGAAGUAGAAGUCGUUCACUAACCAGUGAACGAGAUAGAGAAAGGAAGAAAGACAAUAACGAAAUAAGAAAAUUUUCAUCUAAAAGAAAUUAUUCUGAUCAAUCAUGCAAUUUAGAUAAUCGUGCAUCUUCAAAGUUACAUUCUUCCUCGGAUAGCUUCUAUAAUUCCUACAUACGUUUACCUAGACCAAUGCUGAUGCCGAUACCUCGAGUACCACCCAUGCUUAUGCCUGUUUUUCCAGGAUCCGUACUCCCUAUGCCAUUUCCACCGAAUAUAUAUCAUCAACAACCUCAUCUCAGAUUUGUUAAUGGCAGAGGAAUUGGAAUCUACAAUAAUCGAUAUAAUGCCCAACACUUUUAAUAAUAUUUUUAACACGAUGAACAUUCGAUAUAUUAAUUAACGAUCA